GAUAUGUAUUAUGAAAUUAAUUUAAAUUCAUUAACGAAUAACAAUCUCAAUGUUCCUAGUAAAAGAAGAAUUCAGAAAGAAAAACGUUUAUACCCUUUAGAUCAUUUACAAUAUAUCCAUGCACGUCUUUGUAUUAUUGAUUUCGGUGGCGUAUUGAAUUCCAUGCAUGAACAACAAAUUCCUAUGUCGCUUACAUCAGUUGAAUUAUGUUUCGCUAUUCGACAUGCUAUUGACACAACAAUUAAAGAUUUAUUCGGUGAAUUUUCUGGUUUACCAAUAUUACAUUAUGAUUUGUUAUUUUGUCGUUGUGAAGCUAAUACUGGUGAUGAUACUAAACGUCAACAUGUAACUAGUUCAACGAAUACCCCCAUCAUAACAUGGUCUGUAGUACUUGCUGUACCAUACAACAAUGUGGAAAAAAUAAUAGCAGCAUUAAGUUUCAUGACAAAUGAAUUAGGUGGUGUAGAAUUAAUCAGUAAAUUAUUUGAGUCAAUGCAUUUAGAUUAUAAUUCAUUAAAAUUCUAUGUAGAUAUUAUAUCUGUAUCUGAUUCAUUAUUCAAUUUAUCAUGUAUUCCUCUUUAUAAAUCAUAAAGAUUUAAAUAUUUCAAUUACUAUUUUA